AUGCCCAAAGAAAAUUUAAUUUUUAAAUUGGACAACCUAGAAUACCAAUAUAAUUAUUUAAACAAUUCAUUGGAAAAGUUCGAACCUAGACUGAUCACUACUAAAAAAUUGUAUAACACUAAAAGUAUUAAAAAACAAACAAUCUUAAACAGCAAAUUAUCCAAAUUAAACAGGGAAGAUGUUUUUAAAGACUUAAACAAUUUAAAGUUGGAUAUUUUUAAUAAAAAAGUGUAUCAUUUAACUAAAAAAUUAACCACCAUUUUCCAAAUGAAUCAAAAUAAAAAGCAAUUUCAAGAAAAACUAUCUUCUUCCCAAAACCAUGACAGUGACGAACUUGAUGCCAUUGUAGACAGGAUUGUUAGAUCUAAAGUAGUUAAAUUAACGAUUCCCAGAAUGUGUACGUAUGAUAGCACUACCAAGAAUAAAACAGCACCUGCUUGGAUCCAAAGUAGCGAUUUUUUUGAAAUUUUCCAGGAUAAACAGAACAAAUACAAUCCAAGCAUAGUUUAUUCUCAAAUAAUUGUACCAUUAGGUUUGAAUCCAAUUAUAUCGAAAAUAUUUCAGGAUAAAAAAGUCCGAUCAUUAGUAACCGAAUUUGAAAAUGGAUUGAAUAUGUUACUAAACAAAGAGAAUAGAAAAAAAUCGAGGGAAGAAAACCAUAACCAGCAAGCUAAAAUUCAAAAAGAACAGACAAAUGGAAACAUGCAUGAUGUUGAACCUGCUAGUACGAAUGAAGUUGGUGAUUCCAUUGAUAAAAAAAAUGAUGGAAACUUGAAAGAUGAAGAUUUGGAUGAUAUCUUGGCUCAAUACAAAGACGUGGUAGCAGCAUCAAGUGAUGAAGAGGAGGAUACGUCAAGCAAUGAGAGUGUUAGUGGAGGACGUAGUAACGAUACAUAUACAAAAAGAAAGCGUGAAACAGAUCAACCACAGCUAUCUGCCAAAAAAAUAUCUAGCAACAAAAAAGAUGAAGGCUCUUCGAUUAAAAAAUAUAAAUUGCCAGCUUUACAAGUUGGAUAUUUAAGCAAUGAAGAUAAUGACGAAGAUGAUUUCUUUGAACCAGAAGUGAAGGAAGAAAAGCCACAAAGGAAAAAUAGGAGAGGACAACGGGCUAGAAGAAAAAUUUGGGAACAAAAAUUUGGUUCUGGGGCCAAGCAUAUCCAAAGGGAAUUGAUCAAGGAAAAGGAAUUGAGACAACAGCGUCAAUUAGAAUAUGAGCAGAGACAGUUGAAGAGAGAAUUAAAAGCUAAGGAAAGAGAAGAAAUGGAUAAAGAAAAAAGAGAGAAAAACAAAGAAAUGGAAAGGAGAAGUAAUACAAAGAUUCAUCCCUCUUGGGAAGCCAAAAAGUUACAAGAGCAGAAAUUGAAUAAAGUUAAAUUUGAAGGUAAAAAAGUUGUGUUUAAUUGA